AGCGGUGAAAAGAUGGCCAGUAAUAAUAUAUCAAACAAUUUAACAGAAAAUAUCCUGGGUAAUUUAGAUGAUCAGAAGAGUAUGACCAAUGAUGAGGACAUAUCAAAAUAUUUUUCAGGUACACAUGAAGUACAAGAAUGUCUUGAAGGUCAAGGUGAGGCAUGUCUACACACACACAUGGCAAAUUGCAAGAAAAAUCCUGGCCAUAAACACUUUAUACCUGUAAAACAGUUAGGUCUUGAACAUUUUCCUUCUGGUUACCAUGACAACGACCUGUACGACUUUAUAAAAUUUGUAGCUCACAUAACUGUCAGGAUAGCCGUUAAGUACAUCAGUCCAGACAGACCAGAGUUUACACCAGGUACUAAAGAUCCAUAUCCUUGCUACAACACCAGGGGCAAGAGAAUAAUGAGGACAGGGACUGGGAGGGUGUUGACGGUAGCCGAGAUUACACAAGGCCUGAGGGACUACAGAACUUGUCCAUGUCCUGAAUGUGAGCACUCGGACACACCCAGCAAAGUGUGGUGGAGGAUUCAGGUGGUGACAGCUUCACAUGUGGUUUUUGAUGAGAGUGAGGCGAGAAAGUCCAGCUGUAGGUUGUGGUUUGAUGAUGAUAAAAGUCCAGAAGUCAAAAUUUAUGUGUGGAAGAGUGGAUCAAUCAUUGUGAACGAUAUGUCAAUUUUGAAUUGUGCGACACAUGAUAUAGAUCUAUAUGAAAAGGUGAGGAAGACAAUGGUUCGGUAUAUUGAUCUAUGGCAAAAACUAGAGGACAAAUACAAGAGUCGUAGAGAUGUGGACAAGCUGACCAUUAUAGUGUCACAUCCUCAUGGCUGUUCUAAGCAGGUCUCUGUAGGUCACUGGGUGGACAGACAUGAGUCACCCAGACCGGAAGUAAACGGGCAUGUGGGGGAGGGUAAAAUAAGCAGGUACACGUACACAACUUGUACCUGUCCAGGUAGCAGUGGGGCUUUUGUGUACAGAGUAGGGUGUGCUUGGUCUAGCCAUGCCCAUACUGGAUGUAACCCUACUGGAUUAAAUUAUAGCGGGUCAUGGGAAGAAUGUGACUUGUAGUUGUCUGCUCUUGUGUAGAAUGUAAACAAACAUGGCGCCCGUUUGUUAUGAGCUGGACAUAGCCUGUUAAUGUUAUAAUGGACGAGUGUACCUGCGUGUGGAGAGUAAAUAAACAAAG